CCGCCACGUGGCCGGUUGUAAUACUUCCUUGCAAAUCUCGUGUUUUGAAGUCUUUCCGGGGGAUUUUACCAAGUUUUCCCGGUGUAGAAGGAUGUACAAAGUGCUCAGAAGAUGCCUGACAAUCCAGGCAAGACAAAUCCCUCGGAUGACUGUAAAUUCUAGUCGUGUCUUUUGUGCAAAGUGCUUAAAACAGGAAUUCCGGCUGCCUCUGGUAACUUCCAACCUAUCCAUUAGGACAUUCUCUUCAGACUUUUCCGAUGAGGAGGACAGUGAAGAAGAGGAUCUCUCUGAAAUUACUCCCAGUGAAUUAGAGAUUAAGACCAGGGACAUUCUCUAUGUGAACACCACUCAAUGGGACGAGUCAAUGAGGAAGCUUAAAGAAUGUUCUUCAAUUGAGGAAGUUUACGCUGAACUGAGAAAUCUCAGAGAAAAGGAUCAGGAUGUAAAGUUAGAGCACCUAGUUCAGUCUAUUUUGACUCUCUGGGACAUUCAGAAGGAUCUCAUAAUAACUAGGAAAGCUGACAAUGAUGGUAAGAUUCUUAAGUAUUCCCAGGACUUACCGGAAUUGCAGUAUCUCCUGGAAAAGCUGGAGGAAAAAGUUGAGAGUCUGUCAUGUGAGGAAGCUUCUUGUUGUCUUCUGUACCUCUCUAAAUUAGGCAGUGAAAGUCAGUCAUCACUGACUGAGAAGCUGCAUGAUCAGUUCUUGUCCUUAGUUUCUCAAAAGUCAAAUGAUUUCCCCCUAACAGCCCUGUCACGGUUCACUGUGUACUUCAAUACCCGGAGGAAUUUCAGUAUAUUUUCUAUUUACUCCACAAUUAUCCCAUCCUUGAUUCACUUGCUAAAGAACUGCUCCAGCAGCGAGGAUAUUCGUCUCCUGACCAUUUGCAUGGGGAACCUUUUUCAUAUCAUACCGCCCUGCCAUCUGGAUUUGUACCGGGAAAAAGUGGAUGAAUUGUAUGAGAAGGGUAUCCUCUGCCCCUCAGCGAGUAGGAGUAUCCUGCGCGUGGUGAACUUCCUGAAUUUCAUUCACUGGUCACAUGACAAUACCCUCUUGAUACGGAAGCUGGUCCUUCUGCUCCAAGAGGGCAUCCCUGAGAUGGAUACUCGAGAACUUGUUGGACUCUGCAGAGUAUUCCAUAGUCAACUAGAACCUGCUCAUUUUAUACCCGAUCUCGUGGCCCAAUCCCGGAAACUGAUGGAGAAAACACCAUCGGCUGAUCUCUUAGAAUGCUUUGUCCUGGAUUCUGUCCCAGAGACUCGCAAUAGAGUGACACAGGAAGCAGAAAAAAUCAUUGAAAAAGGAGAUUUCCUGACUGCAACAUCAUUUUCUGGGCUAUUUAAAGUCCUGCGCUUCCUGAAAACGUCAAAUGUUCGCCUGUUCAACGCCUACUGGUCGCAUGUCCUGCGGAAAAUCUCUCUGGAUGAGACUGAGCAGGAAAACUACCGAUUAGCCCGACACUGUCACAGAUACAUGCAUUUCAACAAUAACCUCGGAGGAACGUACAGAUUCUACAAUUUUGAGAAAUACCUGGUGAGUUUGAUCAUGCAGGAACUGGAAAAUGGAGUAAGUCGGUUCAUCCCAUCAAAAUUCUCCAAAAUCGCUCCCUUUGUCAUUGCCUACGGCCAUACUGAGAAAUCCCGGGAAAAACUUCCGGAAUUCCUUGUGGAGCGCAUAGAACAAAUGCAGGAACAAUUCUCUGCCAAUGACUGUCUAAAUCUCAGUCGUGGCAUCCAGAUAGCUCUGGAACUGAGGUACAGGAGUCACAUUUCUGACGAACUGGGCAGUCAAUUAGCCCGAAUUGAGACCGUUUUCAAUGCCUGUGCUGAAAAAGUCUUGGCGCAGAAAAACAUUCAUCUAUCCGAUCUCAGUUCUCUCAUCCGUGCCUACAAUGCCCGCAAAGCCCCAAGAACAACAGAUCUCUUCGACAGACUCAUCUGGCGGUACGAAGAAGAUACCUCUGAGCUCAAUUCCCGCCUUAUUCGUGACAUAACCUUCAAUUUGAACGCCUCCCAUUUCCAUCUCCCAAAAACCUGCAGAAAAAUGAUAGACUACCUGGCGCAAAAUGAGAAAUACAUAAUCGGAGAUACAGCAGAGAAAAUCCUCUAUUGUUGCUACAACAUCGGCUACCCCAUAGACAACGAAGUCAUCCUCAGAAAAGCCGCAAAUAUCAUCCAGAGAGACUUUAAUUUCAUGAGUGGCCUCUCAAUUGUCCAAUCCUGCCUCGCUCUAUGCUUCUACAGAGCCCUACCGACAGAUCUGGUGGAUCGUGUCUUCUGCACAGACUUCAUUCAGCGCCUGGAGCAUGAAAUCCGGCUGUGUUACUCCAAAGCUACCUACCCUCAGCGAGUAUUCCAUCAAGUGAUGCAGCUCAACAGAGCCGUCUGCCUGGACUAUCCAGAACGCAAUGUGCCCUGGUUCCAGCAGAACUUUAUUGAGUCUCGCGUGGCUGCCUUCAAUCUGGCCCAGAGCAAAUUUCACGCGGAUGUGCAUGAAAUACUUCACUCACUCAGCACUUCGAGGGACGUUAUUCGCGUGAAUCAUAUUACCCCGUAUGGGUAUCGAGUGGACUUUGUCAUGCACUUUGACCACCUCAAGCGACUCAUUCCACCGCCCAAGAGCGACGCCCCAGUCGAGAAUGUUUCCAAAGUUGCUCUUUUGCUCCAUCGGCGAGAAGCCUUCUGCGAGAACUCUACUCACCUGCGAGGGAACGAGCAACUGAAGCAGCGCCAUCUAGAAAUCCUAGGCUAUCGCGUACUCCACCUAGCCCAAAAUGACUGGAAUUCUAUGUACCUCAGUGUCCCAGGAGCCAAGAGUCGCUUCCUCCGAAACAUGCUUAGCAUCACUUGAGCGCCGUCGACAGAAAAACCAGUAAAUAAACAGAAAACUGAAAGAAA